AUGAGGCUCUCAUCGAUUGCAGUAGGCGCGACAGCCUUGCCGGGCGCCCUGGCUUGGGGUGGCUUCGGACACAUCAGCGUAGCCUAUAUCGCGAGCAACUUCGCCUCCCCCUCCACAACAACGUACCUCCAAACCCUGCUGCGCAACGACACUGGCGACUAUCUCGCCGGGGUAGCGACCUGGGCCGACUCGAUCCGGUACACAAAAUGGGGAAGGUUCACCUCCGACUUCCACUUCAUCGACGCCAAGGACGACCCGCCGCGGUACUGCGGCGUCGACUUCGACCGCGACUGCAAGAAGGACCGGGGCUGCGUGGUCAGCGCCCUGCACAAUUACACGACGCGAAUGCUGGACGCUGACCUGCCCGCGUACGAGCGCGCCAUCGCCGCCAAGUUCGUGGUGCACUUUAUUGGCGACAUUCACCAGCCGCUGCACACGGAGAACGUCGAGCGCGGCGGCAACGGCAUCCCGGUCCUGUUUGACGGCAAGCACUUCAACCUGCACCACGUCUGGGACACGAGCAUCGUGGAGAAGCUGGUGGGCGGCGUUGGCCGCCGGAGCCCCUACGAGGCGGCCAAGCGCUGGGCGGACGAGCUCACGAAGGAGAUCAAUGAUGGCAAGUACGCCUCGGACACGAUUGACUGGCUGAGGUCUGCCAACCUGUCGGAUCCCAUUUCCACGGCGAUGGCCUGGGCGACCGAGGGAAAUGCCUAUGUCUGCACGACAGUCCUCCCUGAAGGUCCGCACGCCAUCAGAGGCCAGGAGCUUGGGUCAAAGUACUACGAGGCCGCCGCCCCGGUUAUCGAGGUGCAGGUGGCGAGAGCGGGAUAUCGUUUGGCUGCCUGGUUAGACCUCAUCGUCACGAGACUUGAGACACGGACAUUGCCAGACGAUCUGUAG